GAGCUUGACUAACGUGUUAGCAGAUGGCAUCCUCCGACAAUUUGUCGUCGUCACCUCAAGCGACCCGACGAUCUUGACGGCCACAAGAAAUCUUCGAGUGCCGCUGAUUCAGGUGCAAAACCUUGGAGAUACCACAGUCUACGACCUCGUGGCAAUCUGAUAUUGAGUAUGUCAUAGAUAGGUCUCCACUCCACCUAGCCACACGUCAGCUUCGACUGCUACGUUCGGGCCGCACCCUUUGUAACCCGCGAAAGUUUCGGGAACCAAACUUUGAGUGUGACCAGACUCACGUGUGACGAUAUGCGGCCAACGCAGGCAUCGGCAACUGUUUCUACGCGAGCACAUGGCAACUCACUCGCGUGGCCUUCGUUAAACAUCCUCGGAUCUACACGGGUCGAUCUUUGGGUAGCGCGUACCAAACGGUCAGCCACCGGCAUCACGCAUCGGCAUCUGCCAGGGACUGACGAUCACAACGUGGGAUUGACGAAAGCGACCGAUAUUCUCGGCCAGCUAGCCAAAGUCGUUUCUAUAUGCAAGCUCGAUAUCGACCACGUUGCAAGGAAGCUAACAUUGAUACUUCCUGAUCUGGAGCCACUAAUUGACUUGCUAUCUGCUUUUGUCAUUGCUACUCUCCUGGGCCACCUUGUUCAAGAGUCCAUGUCUAUAUGCAACCGUAUUUGGGAAACAGAACCUCAAAAGUCAGCGGCCUUUACACCAUAUGCGUACUCACUCCUACCACCAGGAAAAAGGAGGCUUGCAAUCAACUCCGUAGACGAUGCUGAUACCACUACUGUUAACCUCUUCUGUAGUCAUACCCGUCUCCAGUUCUGAUUCCAUUCGCCCUGGCGACAAUUAUCUCUAGAUGCUUCACGAUUCGUAUCAACAUAUCCAACCUUUGUGCAUGACCAACA